AUGGUGGAGACGUCUCGUCAGGAGGACACGGCGCCCCAGAGCGCCCCCGCGCCCUCGCCAGAUGAUCACUACCAGCCGUCCGUGCGGAUGCUGCACAUCCCCAAGUGGCCCAACGGGUCGUGCGGCUUCCACCUGUCACGCAGCAAGUGGGACCCCUACCCAUGGGUGAGCGGGGUCGAUAAGGAAUCUCCGGCCGAAGUAACCGGACUGAAGGUUGGCGAUUGCGUUUUGGAGGUCAACAGCGAGGAUGUCUUGGGCAUGAGAAUCGCCGAGAUUGCCAACAUGGUGAAGAGUCGCGCUGACCAAGUGACUCUCUUGCUCUGGAGCACCGGACUGGAUCCUCAGUGCGCUCCGGACAGCCUCUGUUGUGGCCCCAUGCCACAGAAUCUGGAGCGUCUGUCCGCCAGCAUGUCCACCAUCCUGGCUGCCAUGGAAUGUCCAGUGUGCAUGGACACGAUUCCUCCGCCAGCCAUCCAGUGCCAGAACGGACAUCUCGUGUGUGCCAAAUGCCGAAUGCGAGCAGAUAAAUGCCCCGUGUGCCGCGAAAAGUACAGCCUGGGCCGCUCCUUGAUCGCCGAGCAGGUCUUCAACUCCCUCCGGGACGCCUUCAAUUUGCACGACGAAGUGGACGGAAAGCUCCGGGAGAAACUCUUCGGAGUGAAGAGUGUGAAAGUGCCUUUUAUGCGAACAAACAGUCAUCAGAAGCCCACGCAAUCGGCCACGCAGAAACUCCUGGCGAAGCUCAUGGGGAAGGCCACAUCGCUGGACAACCUGAGCAGCGGCCGACUUCUGCUUCCUCUGACUGAGAAUCCUGUGAAUCUCAAGACAAAAUCUCUCUCGCACAGUGAAAUCUUCGUCACUCCUGAGACUGAGACGGUGUCUGUCAUCAGGUGUCCGGGAAAGUUGCCUCCAACUUUGGGCACUCGUCGCCCGCCGUCCUGCCACACAUCCACAGAGAGUGUCAUAGAGAUUGUCGUGCCAAAGCUAGACAACAGCUACAGAUGUCCGUGCGGCGAAGAGUGUUCAGCUUCUCUGGCCGGCGCUGAAAUUCGCCAUCAUGUGCUGGAGGGUCACGGAGUGCCCAUCCUGACCUUCGGCACGACAUCAGCCGAGAUCUCCCUGCCUCCCAAGACGCCAAUUGAGAAUGCCUGCCUCAUUCUGCAACUGGAGCAAAAGACCUUCUGGCUGAGGUUGGACAUUUCCCAAGGAGAUCUCUUCACUUCGGCGCUUCUUCAGGGUCCAUCCUCAGACUGUUCCAGAUACCUGCUGGAAGUGGUCGUGCAGAAUGUGACUUCUGAGAAAAUAAUGCAGCGUCAACUGAUAAUGCGGAAUCCCGUCUUCUCCCUCCAGAGCCACUCUUGGCACGACCUCCUGCACCAUCGGAAGGGGAUUCUGUACACGAAAAAGAGCAUCACGUCGACCUUCGAUCCCGAAACGGAUGUCCUCCUCCUCAGAGCUUCCGUUAAGAGCAUGAGCGAAAUCGAGUGAACAUUCCAAGUUAUAUUCACCAUCGGUGUUCUGCAUACA